AUGGCGCCAGCUGACGUGACUUUGCACAAUGUUGCACGAGCACGAGAAAACAUAAAGCAACGAUAUGAUAGGCAUAUUUAUAAUAAUCCAAAGUACUACGUUGGAGAUUUAGUUUGUAUUAGUAAGACGAGAAGUGUCUUUGCCAAAGGUUAUGAAAGCGGUUGGACGUUAGAGCUGUUUAGAAUCGUACGUAUCUCUUGCACGUGCCAACCUCCAAUUUAUUUUCUCAGAGAUUUGGCUGACAAAGACAUUGACGGUUUCUUUUACGAGGAAGAGUUAAGCAGAGUACGAAAGGAACUGAGCAAGAGCUUCUUCGAGGUUGACAAGAUAUUGGAAAGUCGAAGUAAAGGACGUUCUAAAGAACUUUUCGUCAGCUGGAAGGGAUAUCCUGAAUAA